UAAACUUUUUCUCCUGCUCUGCAAAGAAUCUAAUUGAAUUCAGACCGAGGAGAACCACGUCUUCACUAGGAAUCCAGGGAACAGGCAGAAGGAACAAAGGAAACCGGGACAGUGACGGCAGAGACCCUCAGAGGUGGGGGUGCAGGAGGCAAAGCAACAGCGGAGACCCCCCCUCCCCGCCCCCCGACUCCCUGCAGCCCGCCCAAACCGUGGAGUGGAACAUGACCCGGGCCCCCAGACCCAGGAGCCUCGGCCUCCAGCUCCUCACACUCUGCGCCACGCUCAGCUCCCUCUGCUCUGCGGACAACUUUAGCCCUGAGGCCUGGCUGCAGCAGUAUGGGUACCUGCCCCCCGGAGACCUCCGCACCCACACCCAGCGCUCCCCGCAGUCUCUUUCUGCCGCCAUCGCCGCGAUGCAGAGGUUCUACGGGCUGCGGGUCACCGGCGCGGCCGACGGGGACACCAUGAAGGCCAUGAAGCGUCCGCGCUGUGGGGUCCCGGACAAGUUUGGUGCCGAGAUCAAGGCCAACGUGCGGAGGAAACGUUAUGCCAUCCAGGGCCUGAAAUGGCAGCACAAUGAGAUCACCUUCUGCAUCCAGAACUACACGCCCAAGGUCGGGGAGUACGCCACGUUCGAAGCCAUCCGCAAGGCAUUCCGGGUGUGGGAAGGGGCCACCCCGCUGCGCUUCCGCGAGGUCCCCUACGCUUACGUGCGCGAGGGCCACGAGAAGCAGGCCGACAUCAUGAUCUUCUUCGCGGAGGGCUUCCACGGCGACAGCACGCCCUUCGACGGCGAGGGCGGCUUCCUGGCCCACGCCUACUUCCCCGGGCCCAACAUCGGCGGCGACACUCAUUUUGACUCCGCCGAGCCCUGGACCGUCCGCAACGAGGAUCUCAGUGGCAACGACAUCUUUCUGGUGGCGGUGCACGAGUUGGGCCACGCUCUGGGCCUGGAGCACUCCAACGACCCCUCGGCCAUCAUGGCGCCUUUCUACCAGUGGAUGGACACCGAGAACUUCGUGCUGCCUGAAGACGACCGCCGCGGCAUCCAGCAGCUCUACGGGAGCGAGAUGGGACAUCCCACAAAGGCGCCGGCUCCCCCAAGGACAACUUCCCGGCCCGUGGCCCCGGACAAGCCCAAAAACCCAACAUAUGGACCCAAUAUCUGUGACGGGAAUUUUGACACCGUGGCCAUGCUGCGUGGAGAGAUGUUCGUGUUCAAGGAGCGCUGGUUCUGGCGGGUCCGAGACAACCGGGUCAUGGACGGUUACCCCCUUCCCAUCGGCCAGUUCUGGAGGGGGCUGCCGGCCUCCAUCAACACUGCCUAUGAAAGGAAGGACGGCAAGUUCGUCUUCUUCAAAGGAGACAAGCAUUGGGUGUUUGACGAGGCCUCUCUGGAGCCCGGGUACCCCCGACACAUCAAGGAGCUGGGCCGUGGGCUCCCCACCGACAAGAUCGAUGCCGCCCUGUUCUGGAUGCCCAACGGCAAGACCUACUUCUUCCGUGGGAACAAGUAUUACCGCUUCAACGAGGAGAUGAGGGCCGUGGACAGCGAGUACCCCAAAAACAUCAAUGUCUGGGACGGUAUCCCGGAGUCUCCACGGGGGGCCUUCAUGGGCCGGGAUGAAGUCUUCACCUAUUUCUACAAGGGGAACAAAUACUGGAAAUUCAACAACCAGCAGCUCAAAGUGGAGCCAGGGUACCCCAAGUCCGUGCUGCGGGACUGGAUGGGCUGCCCGGCCGGGGGCCGGCCCGACGAGACCAAGGAGGAGACGGAGGUGAUCAUCAUCGAGGUGGACGAGGAGGGGGGCGGGGCCGUGAGCACGGCGGCCGUGGUGCUGCCCGUCCUGCUGCUGCUGUGCGUCCUGAUCCUGGGCCUCGCCGUCCUGUUCUUCAAGCGUCACGGGACCCCCAAGCGACUGCUCUACUGCCAGCGCUCCUUGCUGGACAAGGUCUGACCCCCGCCCGCCCGGGCUGGGGGGCUGCUGUCCCUCCCCCGCCUGGCCCCGCCACACGAACAUUGCCUCUGGGGGGGCGGGGGGGAGGCGAAGGGGCAGACGUCAUUCCCGGGUCAUUCCCCCCCAACGCUCUUUUUGGUGGCCCACGGCUCCCCCUUUGUCUCCCCCCACCCCCUGCCUCUUCCUCCUCCCUGCUCCUGACCAAUCUUUCCACGCUGCCUUGCUUUUCCUCUCCCCCGGUCCUGGGGGCUCGGUGGUACCCAGCUGGGUUCCCCUGCUCAAACCCUCUCCAGGAGUUCCCCUGUUUGGUGCAGCACCCUCUCCUCCCCUCCACCCCCCAGCUGGACAUCCUGGGGGCUCUAUUUUGGAAGGCCAGGGCCCCCUGACCUCGCUGGUAAAGGUCAAGUUUGGGGUCCCCCCCCCCUCCUGUUUCUCCCCCCACCUCUUCACCUUUCAUCUCUAAACUUGGAUCUCAGGAGGCUCCCAAGAUUUCUAGCCCCGCUGGCCCAGGGGCUCCACAAGGCAGCCUCCCCAGUGCCUUUUUGGCCUAAACGAGCCCCUUUGAGGGAUUGGGGGGUGAGGAGGGGGAGAGGCUCUCCUGGGGGCCAGACGGGGCAGGGACGUCAGGGGGCUGGAGCUUGGUAGCCAUCUGGUCCCCGGGGACUCUUCCCCCAUUCAGCCACCCCAGGGAGCUUCCUGGAGUCAAAUGUCCAGUGAGGGAUCCUUAGCUUCUCUCCCCAAUCCCCCUCAAACACUUUUUCCCUCACUUUAAUCUUGGGGGUACGAGGAGUCCGAGGUGGGAAAUGGGAGCCCCUCGGGACAAAACUGAUGAGGAUGGGCUGGAAGAAGGGCAGUUGUCUUCAAAAAGCGGGCAUAGGGGAUAGGGCUGCUGGGAGUUAAGUGGCUGGAGACCAGGGCAGUCCUGCUGGGGCAGGGACUGAUAAGAAAGGGAUUGGGGCCUGGGUGGAAAGGGGCAGGGAUUUGGGGGUCAGCGGGUAGGGCCUGGGGCCUGAUCUACGGAGAGUGGGGUCAGCUGAGCUGAGAAGAUAGAAAGGUGAAAUGUGGGGUGCUGUGGAGGGGCGGAGCCAGAGUUGAAAGUGGAUGAGGAGAGGAGCGGUUUCCAGAGUUAGGAGCGGGAGGGGCGGUCAAGGGCAGUCCUGGGGACCCCAAAAUUUCCAGAAGACCCCCACCCCAGCUGGACUGAUUCAUCGAAGACAGCCACCUCCUAAGGUGGGGGUCUUGGUGUCACGGCUCGGAGCCUGGGGGGGAGUCUUGACUGGCAGGGUUGGGGGUGGAAGUAGCAGCCCCCCACUUCUUUUCAGCUGGCCUAGGCACACACCCCCCUCUGACCUCAACUUAAAAUCCUAUGUCCUGUCUCUCCACCCCCACCUGCCCCCUUCCGAUCUCCCUCAGCCACCAGAGAGGGUGACUAUGGUACCAG